AGUUUAGAAACCACCAGAGAUUCUGUCCUGUGAAGAUAUGACAGUGCAGGAUGUGACUCCAGAAAGACGCUGGGACCUGUGUGCGGGAAAGAUACUCAGCACAAAGCUAGUGGCUGUGGAAAGGGAUUACUCGAAUUUGUAAUUUGACACCGCCUCUGGAAACCAUAGCCACGGAUCGUACACAGAAAGCUUGCGCUGACGGUUUAGGCCAAGCUGAUUAAUUUUGCAGAGAGGAAUUGGGGCGGAUCGCCGCUGAUUUCUGUUUUUGCCGCUGGGAACAGUUUGUGUGUGUGUUUGUAGAAUGCUAGCUCUGCACUGCCUUGCUGUGAUCCUGCUCAAGCUGUGCCGGGCUCAGAGCACCGGGACCUCUCUCCCCUUUGUGCUGCCGCACUCCUGCUCCAACACCCAGUUCUACGAUGCCUCCAGUCUGCGGUGCUCUCCAUGCGGUGAUGGGAGCACCCGUAGCGCUGACGGCCUCCGUUGUGUCUGUAAUGACGGUUAUAAAAUGAUGGAUACGGGAUCCCCCAAAAUACACUGUGAACUCUGCGCCAGAAAUAAUCAAGUUGUGUCAGUGGACAAGAAGCAUUGUUUGAAGUGUACAGGAUGCAACUCAUGUCCAAAUGAAGAAAAUAUCCAAGUGGAAAACUUGGCCAAUGGCACAGCGAGCUGUCAGAAGUGUCCCGAAAGGACGACCCCAAAUGCUUUGGGAAACAUGUGCAUACGCUGCCAUGAAACUUUCCUUGAAGCGACAGGUAGCUGUACAUGUUCAUCUUCCAACUUGAAAGGAGGCCUCUGUUUUCAAAGCACUGAAUUGCCAUCUCAAACAGGAAGUGUGCCAGAUUCCAUUUGGUAUGAAACCCACCUUCAAGCAAGUUACCUGGCCUGCUUAACUUACAGUAACCAGACAGCCUGCCAGCUGCUCACUAACAUGGUGGUGUUGAGUGUGAACAUCUUAGUCGGUAGUGAGGCCUAUAUUCUAUACAAGGAGAUAAAGUCCAGUACCGGCUUCCUCCCGAAACUCUUUUACGUGGAUACGAAUAUCGCAGCAUCCCUGUGGCAAACUGCUCCUCGGGGACUCUUUUUCAAAAAGGAUUUGAAGAUCGCCUUGAAAGUUGUAAAGUAUGAUGCUCGUGGGAAUUUUCUGGGCUGGGAGGAUGUCAGAGGAGGCACUCUACAGCUAUGCCCUGACACUCAAACACUGCUGGAUGCUGCCUUCAAGUUUGGCUCUUCCUACAUUCAGUCUUGCAAGAUUCAGAUCGCAGAUCUUCUCAGUCGAUUCCCAGAGCCUGUCCUUUACGAGCUCUAUCUCCUGUUCAACGAUAGUCAAGGACAGCAGAAGGUCUGGCCCAUCCCUGUACGCAAUCUGAAUCUAGACAAGAACGAUAUAAGAGAAUUCCGGAGAUUCUUUUUGGUAGAUGGCUUGACAGGAAGGAGGAGCAGUCUGAGUAACCCACCAGACUCAGUUACCUACGCGAAAGACAUUGUACUCAGGACCUACCUUCCUACUCGGAACCCCACCAGCGAACCACCAUUUUUACUCACCGUGCAGUAUGCUCAAGUACGAGAUCUCCACACAGAGGCGCAAGUGACAUUUGCUACGCAUUAUGAAAUGAACUAUUUUGCACACAAGAGAGACACUGAUAUAGCCCUGGGUGUUCUUGGAUCUCUGGCUGUUUUCGUUGCCAUGCUGGAGACAAGCAGCUGGAGACGGAGGAGCGGGCUAGAAUUUAUUGAUGUUUUGACCAUUGUGAAGUACUUUGCUUAUUUUGCCGGUGCGCUGUCUAACACCUUUUUCCUCGUCACGUUUGGGACAGGUGUUUACUGGCUCAUUGUCUACAAGGGUCAGCAGUCCACAGUUGAGGUAACACUUCCCCCUGCUGGUGGGAAGAUUGAAACUGACUUCAUCAUCUAUGUGGCUUGUGCCUUUGGGCUGAAGGCACUGGAGCUGAUUCACAUCUUGAUUAUUCAGGUUACUGCAUCGAUCUUCCUGAUAGACUGGGAGAAACCAAAGGGCAGACCACUACCAAAACUAGCAGCAAACAAUACCGCUCCCUCCUCAGUCAGUAUCUGGAGAACUUACUUCAUCGCCAAUGAGUGGAAUGAAAUUCAGACCAAGAGAAAGAUAAACCCAAUCCUGCAAUUCUUUGCUGUUCUGUUGCUGUUGGAGGUCAUUGGCUUGAAGAACAUUGCCCGAAGAGAUCUGAAUUUGAAUCUACAUCCAGGAUCUGAUGUUAAUCUGGCUCCCUGGAGCCCAAUUCUCCGAUAUGGAAUAGCAGUAUCCAUGUGGCUGGCAGUCGGUUUAGUCCAAGUGCUCUUCUGCGUUGGAUUCUGUGAACGAUUUGUUGAAGAUAAGAUUCAGCAGUUUGUAGACUUGUGCUCUGUGAGUAAUGUAUCAGUCUUGGUCUUACUGCACAGGUGUUACGGCUACUACAUCCACGGGCGGUCUGUGCACGGACAAGCUGACAUUGGUAUGGAGUCGAUGUAUCUCAAUCUCAAGAAGGAAGAGGAUAACCUUUGUGCAAUGAGAGGUCUUGAGCCCAACAUGGAUGUCCAGACUUUUGAGGUCUUAAUUUCUAACAAGGUCAGACAACAAUAUGAUCGGAUACUAUCGCCGCUGAAUGAGGCAGCAAGAGUAAAUCGAAGCAUUCAUGAGGAUUCAGCCACCCUGCAGCAGAAUCUGAAAGCCUACUACACAAUGAAUAAGUUCCUUUCAUCCUUCCUUGAACAUUUUUUUUGGUUUUUAUUAGAAAUUUGUUUAAUAUGUCGUGUGAAAUCAAGAGGAAACACCCCUGUGGCACCAUAUGGGAUAUACAGAAUGAACACGCUGCCCUUUCACCUAGCAAUUCCAUUUCACUUCAUGCAGGCCUACAAAGAUAUGGACUAUGUAGUCAAGGAAAAACUCUUUCUGGAGAGAAUCUUGGACUUUGAGUUUCAACGUUCAGACGAUCGGAGUUUCUUUUACAAUGAUGACCGGACCCUCUUCAGCAAUGUUCUUUAUUAUGGCCAUGAGUUGGUCCUGCUGUUGUUUGAUAUUCUGCUCUUCUCUGUCGUGGAUCUGGGCACCCAGGACUUUGUGCUGGCAACAAUCAUCACUUAUCUUGUACAGAAGAUUCUGGAAUCAGUAAGGAAAACAAUUUCAAGAAGGAACCUGGCUGCGAAGACACUAGUAGAUGAAAGAUUUCUUAUCUAGAGUGUCAUUAUCUUAAUAUUACCUUGUGGAUAGAAACAUUUUAAUCCCAAUUGUUCUCAAAUGAGUGUGCAUUUAUUUUGAGACCAAUAAACUGACGUAUCAGAUCCUAUGUGUAAUACCAAAGAUGAAUUUGAAUAAAAACCGAGAGAACUGUGGAUACUGUAAAUCAGAAGCAAAAAUCGAAGUUGCUGGAAAAGCUCAGCAGGACUAGCAGUAUCUGUGAAGAGAAAUCAGAGUUAACAUUUUGGGGCUGGUGACCCUACAUCAGAACUGGGAAGUUCACUACCCCAACAGAGUGUUCAAAAAUGGCCUUGAUGGGGGAUGAGGCUGAUAAACUGGCAGCCUGGAUUUUGGAAAUUGCUAACCCAUCUGUCUCUCUCUCUCCAAUCCUGCCUCUGUUACCAUUUGAACAUUUUAUACCUGGUGUCGUAGCAGUCUGUUCAAGACUGAUAUGUAAAACUGCAGCCCUGCUGGACAGGGGCUAGCUGUCCCCAAACAAUUCAACAGAACGCAGUGUUGCAAAUACAUAAUUGAGGAUGUCUGUGUGGCUUCAUGAAAUUUGUCAAUGUGACAGAUCACUCACAGGAAAUCCUUCUCAGCUGACACUGAAUUAGGAGGGAUCAUAGAAUCCCUACAGUGUGGAAGCAGGCCAUUCAGCUUAUUGAGCAUCCACACUGACCCUUGAAGGUCACACAGACCCACCUCACCACCCUAUCCUUGUAACCCUGCAUAUUCCACAGCUGAUCCACCUAGCCUGUGGAUCCCUUGACACUAUAGCUAAUCCACCUAACCUGCACAUCUUUGGACCACGGGAGGAAACUGGAGCACCUGGAGGAAACCCCACAUAGACACGGGGAGACUAUGCAAACUCCACACAGACAUUAGACCAAGAGAGCAAUCAAACCCAGGUCCCUGGUGCUGUGAGGCAGUGGUACUAACCAUUGAGCGACUGUGCCGCCUCAGAGAAAGCUCUGAGAAAAAAACAAGGGCACCCCUGAGGGAGAUGAUGGUGUGAAAGUGGAAGUUGCUGUAACCCCAGAGCCUCACAUUUCAGAGCAAUGAGCAAUGGUGAGCUUAACUACAGGCGCUGUGGUGAUUGUGUUACUGUGAGAGUAUUUCACAUUCCCAGGGAAGCACUCCAGGGACAUGGAUCCCACCAUAGCUCGUGAAAUUUAAAAUUCAAUUGUCUUUUAAAAGAAGGUGUCAGGAUUAUAAACCAAGCCCACAGCAAUGGUGACCAUGAUCAAUUGUAAAAACAUUUCCGGUUCAAUGCCCUUUAGAGAAAGAAUCUGCUAGCUCUGUCUGGUCUGGCCAACAGUGACAUAUUUGACUCUUUUACGGCCAUGAAAUACCACGCAGUUCAGGGGCACUUAGAGAUGGAGAACCAAUGUUGGUCUUGCCCACAACCCAUGAAAGAAUUUUAAAAAACUGAACCUCUCUUGCUCUGGUAGUUGUUAUUUUUUUUCCCAAAUGAUACUUUGAACAAUUUAAUGAAUAUAAAAUAACAGUUGUGUGAUGAAAUUUUGCCUUGAACCUACAAUCGUCUUAUUGUAUUAUCAAAUGACACAUGACAAGGUUGCUAAAUGCUCUCUCAUCAGGAGCUUUCACUUGUAUCUAUUAUUGUGUAUACCCACUACUUCAAUCAACAAUUAGAUAUGAGUUACAGUAUUUGUCGUGUGAUAUAUUUUGGGAAAUGUAAUUACAGUUUUAUGUGUGUAUUUUUAUUGUGUAUAUGUGUG